UACCUCACUGUUACAGUACAUCCUAACUGGCGAGCAGAUACGAUGCUGGACCUGAGCUUUUUACAAACUGAAGGCAAUGUGAAUCCUGAUAUUUCAUCAAGAUUAUCUUCCAGCCCCGCCUCAGCUUCUGGUUCUGGCCUAGACCACAAAUUGGAAUCUCCCUCUAGUCUUGCUAUUUACUAUCUCAGCCAAUAUUUGGCAAGUCUCGGCACAGGUGUUGAUGCAAAACCUGGUCUGUUUAUUUCUUACCCGUUCGCAAAAACUGUUUGGUGGGUUAGUGAUACAGACAGUCCAGCAAGUCGGGCAAGAUUGGCUAUUGGUGGUGCCUGUGUUACCCAUUUAAAGAAUGCAGAUGCCGAAGAAGAUAGGAAUGGGCCCUCGUAUAUGGGCAUAAAACCAUCCCGCUUAUUAGACUCACUUGCUGAUGGAGGUUGCCUGCCACAACAACUGCUGCAUCCUAAAGGCGUGGCAAUUUCGCUUAACGUAUCUUAG